AUGUUAAAGAUUUCAAAUCAACUUCGAUUUUACUAUAAAACAUUUUAUUAACUCCUUGAAGUACCUUAAAAUGCAAGUUCAGCCUAAAUAAAAUCAAGUUAUCUCAGAAUUGUGAAGUUAUACCAUUCAGACACAAAAACCUAGGAAUCAAAAAAUUAAGUAAUUUAAGAUUAUAAAUUAGGAAUAUUUUAAAUAAGUCACUGCCGCUUACCAGAUAUUAUCAAACGAAUCUGAAAGGCAAAAAUAUGACUAAGCUAUAAAUAAUGAAGGUCAUUCAUCUUACAAUUCUCAAAAUUCAUCCCAAAAGGAAAAUGACUAAACUUCAAAUUAUGUUUCUAUUCUUAUUAUUAUCUAUUUUCGCAUUUCGAUUAUAAUGUGUAAUCUGAACAAGAUUUGCUUUUACAUAAGUUACUGA